GCAAGACUUUCCAGCUUUUAACAAUGUAACGUUGUACUAUAUAGAUUUUAUACAUUUUACCUACACAUACGUGGAUAAACGUUAAGGAAAAGUAAACUUUAAAUGAAAUGCUUUUAUUACUGGUAUUGUUUCUAAUUGGUAUAACAUCGGCCACCGAUUGCCCAGAUGGAUGGCUAGCCUUUCAUGGAUCAUGUUACCUGUUUGGUUCAGGACAUAUGCACUUUACAGAGGCAGAGGCAUAUUGUCGUCAACACGACAACAGUGGACUGGUUCAUGUAGAUACUCGAGAAGAGGAUAUGUUCCUUAAAGGUUACAUGGCGGAUCACUUAAAAGUUGACAUAGACUACUGACUGGGGAUGACAGAUGAACUUGUUGAGGGAAUUUGGAGGUUGAAUGACGGAGAAAAUACCGGAGCACCUUAUCUAGACUGGGCACCUAGUGAGCAGCAGGAUGCAUUCGAAGGUGAAGACUGUGCAAUGUUUGGCCAUUUACUUAAAUUUAGAUAGGCAGAUGUGGCAUGUACUACUUCUAGGACUGCUAUAUGCGAGUUAAGAGUUGGACAACAAAACGAAGUAAUAGGAUAAACUACCUAUUAACUACAUGAGUAAAAACGGAAUACAGUAGAACAUAUUGUAUUAUAUUUAUACAAAUAUAAUUGUCAUAAACUGAAUACAUUUAUUAAUUCUAUUUCAAAAAUAACAACCAAACUCGCUUUAUAAAAUCGAUUAUCUUUGAUAAUAACAUAUUUUUCUUCAAAGCUUGAAUUUUAUCACAUUAUUUUUUUUAAUUUGUUGAAGAUAUAUGUUUGAGGACAGCAAAGUACUCCUGUUCGCCGUGGCUAUCGGUUAAAAAAACUCAGUAUGUGAAGUAACGAGAUAAAACUUUCUGUCUAAUAGGCAUACAUUCAGCAUAAUCAGCAAAUGAUAAAUACAAAAAUAAAUAAAUUAAUUAAAAAUAAUAUAAAGAGGGUAUACACAAACAUAUCAUACAUUUUUCAUUUUGCAGUAUAGAAUUAAAUCUCAUAUCUACACGGUAAUAAGUUCAUGCAAUAAAUUCCUUUACACAUUUCCACGAUGAAAUUAUAUGCACGAAAAAGGGCAUAAAAUAACACCCUGAUAAAAUAUUAAAUUCAGUCUGUCUGACAAUACAAACUUUUUUCCCCUUUUUCUUAAAUAAAAUAGCCGGUUUUGGCAACUAACUUCACAAUAUGUUUCUCUGAUACAAUUUUACAUACUGGCAAUAAGAGAAAUGAAUAAAGGGAGGACAUUAAUAUAUACUUGUUUAUUACUGUUCCUUGUAAUAUAAUUACGCAACUAAUAUUCUUUCACUUAAACAUUUGUAUGUUUGUUUCAUAUCUUGUACACGCUUACAUCGAUAGCAGAUAGUAUUGUUUUAUUAUCAGUGUUUUAACUUAUGUAACACAAGGAAGAUGAAAAAAAAAAAGUAAAAAUACUGCAUAUUGUUUACCUACUUAAAUAAUGCACCUUAUCAGAAUAUCUUAUGUAGUUCUGUCAUAACUUGUGUCUUCACUAUAUUUAUGGGAUAUGAUAUCGUGAUUUAGAUCAGGGGAAACCGAUAUUUUAAAAUUUCAGUGUUAUAGAAUAAAAAAUGAAAACUACAUAUUAUCUAAUAUUGUUUAUUUACUGUUUCGCUUCUACUGAUUCAAAGAACUUUGAACCACGGAAACAGGAUUAUAUUGUUCAGAUUAAAAAACAAUGGAUAAAUUCGGUGAAAUCGGAAUCUCACCUGUUCGGACUUGCAUUCAAAAGACAGCUUGUGUCAAAUAUAUUCUUGUUUGGGGUCACUGCGCGCAAUCGUGCUGACAUUGAAGGUUUCAAGAGUUAUUUUGCUAAUAAGAUUGAACAUACAGAAAGGCGGGAGAAAGUCAUUGUUAAAUAUUACACGUGGAGCAAUCGCAGUAGCGAAAAACAAUCGCUUGAACGAUGGCUUCUUAAACCAAUAAAGUACGAAAACAAAAAGCAGUGCUGGCCAUACUAUGGAAUGGACAUCCAGGAAGCAUGGUCACUGGGCUACACAGGACUUGGCGUCAAUGUUGCUAUUGUAGAUAUUGGAGUAGAUGUUGACCACCCGGACUUAAAACGAAACAUUGAUUUGAAUCUUUCGUACAGUUUUGUGGACAAAAAUUACAGCUUUGUUAAUCCUGAACGUUUUAGAGACUACAUGGAAACCGAGGAAGUAACAAGUCAUGGGACAAUGGCGGCUGGACUUAUUGGUGCGGAAUUUGGUAAUCAAAAUUGUUCUGCUGGAGUUGCAUUCAAUGCAAAAUUAGCAGCUCUAAAGGUGUUUCAAAUUAACAAGCGAUACAUUAGUUUGGACGUACGAAUGGGAUUUCCCUUUUCAAUCGAUAAAGUCCCUUCUGCACUUGAAUUUAAACGACAAGACAUCGAUAUUUACUCUUGUAGUUUCAAUCUUCAUAAUAAAUACAUAUCAGCAAGCCCAGAGAUGAAGUCAGCAUUACAGGAAGGAGUGCUAACGGGCAGAUUGGGUAAAGGGAGCAUUUUCGUAUUUUCUGCAGGAAAUAAAAUAGGCCCGGUUUAUGACUGUAACAUGGAAGCUCUUGCAAACAGCAUUUAUACGAUUACAAUUUCUAGUGUUGGCAAGGACGGCUCGAUACCUUCUCAUGCUAUACCAUGUGCCACUACCUUGGCUUCUACAUAUGGCGAGUUUAAUACACUCAGAGGUCCAAAGACUUUGGAAACUACAAGUCACGAUGGCAUGUGCGGUUACUUUAAAGGAACUUCAGCAUCAACAGCUUUAGCGUCUGGAAUAAUUGCUUUAACCUUACAGGCAAAUUCUAAGCUGACUUGGAGAGAUGUUCAACACAUAAUAGUACUAUCUUCUUCUCACGAAAGACUUGAACAUACCGGAGGACUAAUGAAAAAUGCUGCCGGGCUACAGUAUAAUUCUUUCUUUGGAUUUGGAUUGAUGAAUGCUACUGCUAUGACAUUGUUGGCUGAAAAAUGGUUGACGGUACCACCUCAAAAACAAACCACAGUAUAUGAAACACAAAGAGAAAACUGGCCUCCCCGUCAAGAUGCAAUAGCUGUUACAGUUCAGGUCGGACCAUGUGAAAAGGGUGAUCAAUGUAUCAAAUUCUUGGAGCAUGUACAAGUAGAGCUGAAAUAUGAUAAACAGUUUGAAGCUUUUGUGGACAUAUUGCUUUGUUCACCGUCGAAUUCCUGCUCACUUUUACUAAACAGGAAAACUUCUGAUAGGACAUAUGAUUACAAAACUAACUCAUAUCAUGGAACACGAUCCUGGAAUUACACAUCAGUACAGUUUUGGGGAGAGAAUCCUACUGGACAGUGGUUUCUAAUUGUUCGUAAUAGCAGUGAUCUUGAUCAAGAAAUGUUUAAACUACGAAAAGUUGCAUUAACGUUAUAUGGAACACCGACCAACCCCUCAAAAAGAUUUUAUAACCUGCAAUGGGAUGAGAGAAAUAAUUUGAAAGAAUAUAAUGUUUUAAAUCUAAUUGAAUGGUACAGCAGGUUUAAACACUAUGUAUUAAAUGAUCUCCCAAACUCUUCUAGAGACAACACGGAAGAGAAUUUGAAAGAGUCAAGCCAUAAAGUGUAUUUAUUUUACGUCUUCCUCGCCUCUGUUUUUAUUGCAUUAGUAGUAAUUGUAAUUGGUUGCUAUUUGAAUAACUUUAUUGUAGCUAUGACUUAGUACGUGCGGAACCAGUCUUGAUAUACACAACUCUGUUCACCCCAGAUAUAAUGAUAGGAUGGUUCUUUUAGUUCGGUACUAACUAAUGUUUCAAUCAUUACACUAAGAGACUAAUCCAUCUCUCGGAAGUAAUGAUUUCUUUUCAUGAAAUUUAUGAAAAUUGCAGACUCGAUUUAAUAGAAUGACGUUCAUGAGAGAGAUAAUAUAAAAGUGCAAUAUCUCCCACACAUCCUAGCACAGACUUAAUUUGACUUAAGUUCUAUCCACGACACUAUCGUGCUUGAUCCCGAACGCAAAGAAAAAUAUAACAAUACUGAUGUGAUUUAUAGGACAACUUAGACACGUCUUCUAUGUCUUUCAGCCCAGCCUUUACUCCGCCCUGUGGGUCGAAAAACAUAGAUAUGAAUGAUAGGAUUGUAUUGCUUAUCUUUUUCUGAACUCUUGGCAAAUUUAGACAAAAACACUAAAUAUUGCGGUGUAUGGAAAAUUUAGUAAAUUACUAAUAUUAGUAUUAGUAAUUAAUGAAAAUGUUGGUCUAAAUCCAUUUACCAUCGACCAUUUAGCGAUAUAAAUAGAAAUAAUAUAUUAAUUAUAAAAUGCAAUAUGCAAGUUAUUGCAAAUGAAUACCAGUUUUAGUUGUAUGUCAAUUUUAUUCUGAUUUAAGAAUUAACAAAGCUAAGUUUAAACAAAGGUUCAAAACAAUGAAAUCAUAAAAUUUAGCCAAAUAUAUUCACUUAUCUUUAUAUUGAAAACAUGAUAUUUUUCUUGUCAUCAUGUAACAAUGUCAUACUUAUUAUCAUACUUUACUUUUCUGUUGUAACAGUUUUAUGUUUUGUACGUACAUGUAUUCAUGGUAGAAAUACUUGUUGUUAAGAAUAGAUAUCAUAAAAUAAUAAAAUUCGAGUUGAACAUUUGUAACUAUAAUUUUGUUAAAUAUGCUAAACAGGUGAAGAAUGGUCUGAGAAAUAAGAUAGAUCAUAAUCCUCGAAGUAUAAAUUUGGUAUC